AAUCAUUGGACCAGCGCUUUGUUUGGACCACUUAGGUUUCUCUAAAACCAACAGUCAUAAAAAUAGUCCGUUAUAACAAGACGCUAGCUAUUUGACCCCGCACCCGGCCCCUCAACCUUCAGUGCCGCCGCAGGCUUCGUUGAGGCAGGACGUACGUCGGUGUGUUUCACGAGCUCCCGAUGUAAAAUUAAUGCGACAUUCUUAACCAUCAUGGCGAAGCGAGGCCACUAUUAUAAGUGGAAUGAAGGCAGCAUGAAAUUAGCAUUGUUGGCUUUGAGUAAGAAAGAAGCUGGUUUGAAUGAAGCUAGCAGGAUAUUUGGUGUGCCUAAAGCAACGUUAAAAAGAAGAUUUGACAGCAAGAAUGUGAAAGCUAAAGGGGAAAAGCAGAUUGUAGGCUCCGAAGGAGAUCUCACACCCGAUUUGGAAAAAAAGUUAGUAAAUCAUAUUUUGGAGAUGGAACGUUGUUUAUACGGCAUCAUACCAACUGACGUCAGAAGUUUGGCUUUUAAAAUAGCAGAGAAAAAUGGUUUGAAGCACAGAUUUAAUAAAGAAAAAGAAAUGGCCGGUAAAAAAUGGUAUUAUGGAUUUCUAAAGCGUCAUCCUGAAAUAAGUCUGAGACAACCAAGAGCAACUUCGUUUAAUAGAGCUACAGCCUUUAAUAAACCAACAGUGAAUGACUUUUUUGAAAAGUUAGAACGAGUUAUGGACGAACAUGGUAUAAACGAUCCAAGAAAUAUUUUUAACGUAGAUGAGACAGGCCUCUCUACGGUUCAAAGAAAACCCAGAAAAAUACUGGCGCAGAGAGGGAAACAUCAAGUUGGGGCUAUUACGAGUGGUGAACGUGGCACCACUACAACAGCUGUAUGUUGUGCAAGCGCAUCUGGGAAUUUUAUUCCUCCACUCAUCAUUUUCAAACGGAAACGUGCUAAAGAUGAGCUACAAGAUGGUGCACCGCCGGGCUCAAUAUUCGCAUUUAAUCCUGACAGUGGUUAUAUAAACAAAGAAAUUUUCUUUGUCUGGAUUCAGCACUUUGUGGAAACUGUAAAGCCAUCUCCUGAAAAGAAGGUCCUUUUGAUACUUGAUGGGCACACAAGCCACACAAAAAACCUAGAAGCUAUUGAAUAUGCGAAAAACCACAAUGUUGUGCUACUAUCACUUCCCGCACACACUUCAAAUAAACUUCAACCACUUGACACAUCUUUCUUCAGACCAUUGAGCUAUUAUUUUAUAGAUGAGACGGAAAAAUGGUUGCGCAGUAACCCUGGGCGAUGCGUUACAGCAUUUCAGAUCUCGAUGCUUUUUGGAAGAGCUUAUGCCCGAGCAGCAUCUGUAGGAAAUGCUGUAAGUGGAUUUGAGAAAUGUGGUAUUUGGCCACUAAACAAAGACAUUUUCCAAGACUACGAGUUCAUCACAACAACGGACGACCACAAUAAUGAAGUUCAAAGUAAUGACGAGAACAUGGAUGUAGAUCCCUUCUAUUUGAUACCAGAUGCUACAAGAACAACAAAUACCAUCAGGCUUAUGGAGCAAAAUCCAGGACCAAGUCAAAACCAUCCAGAUUUAAGUCAUAGCUCUGAAUCUCAUUCACAAAAUGCUCUGCAGCUUAUCGCGUCUGAUGUUCAUUCAGCUGAACAUACUGCACAUGAUCGAAACAAUCAAUCAAUUCUAAGCACUAGCUCCGAAGUACCAAUAACAGGUGAAUCUUUAGGUGCAAAUAAAGCUAUUCAAGGAUUGAGACAAGUAAGACGGCGACAAAUUCAAUGUUCUCUGGAGGAACAAACUUGUCCUGAUAUGGGCACUAGCUCUGAAAAUCAAACAGAAAAUGAACUUCAGCCACUUGUAUCAGCUACCCAUUCAGAUUCAGAAAUUCAUGCUCUUACUGAUCAGUCAGUUUCAACAGCUACUACCAGCAGACCAGAACCCAGCAAACAACCAGGUCCAAGCACUAGUUCCGAUUUCCAAAUAGCUAGUAUAUCUCCAUGUGCAAAGAAGGUUAUUCAAGAGCUAAGAAAAAGAAGCCGUAAACCCCAACGUGCGUUAGAACUAACGUCAUCUCCAUACAAAAGGGAAUUAGAAGCAGCCAAAAAUAAAGCUAAAUCAAAAGCAACGAAUUUUAAACAAAAAACUAAAAAAGUUAAAGCUGUUAAAGACGUUCCACAAGAAGAGUUGGAAAAGUGGUUUUGUAAGAUUUGUGUUUUAUGCUCGAUUGAAGACAUGAUACAAUGUCUAGUAUGUAAAUGUUGGGUGCAUGAAGAGUGUGCUUGUGUAAAAAAGGGGAUAAAGAAAUAUUUUUGUCCAUCAUGUCGCUGA